AUGCCGUGUGCCCUGGGCAUGGAACAGCCUUGCCGGGCAGCUGCAGCAGCAGAUCCGCGGUGCGGCACUGCGCUGCGUUCGUAUGCCGGGCUGGGGGCACCUCUUCCCGUUGCCCCCUCAUCAGCCCCCUUUGCCUCUAGGGCCCUGCUGUACCUGCAGGAGCUGGCGCAGGAGUUAUCGUCCGUAUACCAGCCCCCGGUGCCCAGUGAAACUGUCCCAGAGCAGGAGGCCGAUGGCCCCAAGAGGAAGCGCCGCAGCCGCAGGAGGGAGGAAGAGGAGGUGGAAACAGAUGGUGACGACCCCUCCCAGGAUGCUGACUUUGUGCCCUCGGCCGAAGUGCUGCUGCAGGCGGAGGAGGAGGAAGAGGAGGAAGAAGAGGAGAGCGAGGCCCUGCUCAGCCGGGUCUCAGAGCUGGAGCCGGACAUCCCUCGCAGGCACAGCCUGAAGGCAGCAUCUGCAGGGAGAUCUAAGCCUCAGUGCCGAGGGUUCGCCCCCAACGGCUUCCACAAUUCCAUCAUGACGCCAGUGUGGAAGUGCUUCAGCAUCACCCGCAGCCUGCGAGAUCGCAACUACUCCCCCUGGGAGUUCCCAGACUGGAUUCCUCUGGCCCACAAAUGGACCUUUCUCUCUGAAAACGAGGCCGCCCCAUACUUGCCUGAGGAGGUGAAGUCUCCACUCUUCUCCAUCCAGAGGGAGGGCAUUGAGGAAGACGGUAUCCUGUACCGGAUCAACAGGUUUAACUCCCUGCAGCCCCAUGAGGAGCGAUGGGAUGUGUCAUUCUUCGUGGGUGGCCCUGUGUGGGCGAUGGAGUGGUGCCCCACACCCGAGGGCUCCGCUGCCGGUCAGCAUGUGGCACUCUACUGCCACAGGGGCAUGGAUGAGAAGCACAGUCUGGCCAAGGUCCACACUGGUCCCUCACUACUGCAGCUCUGGAGCCUGGGCCCACUGCAGCAUGAGGCAGGCUCUGCCACCAAAGCUUCAUUGGCCUAUGCCAUUGCCACCAAUCACGGCUGCAUCUGGGACAUGAAGUUCUGCCCAAGUGGAGCCUGGGAGCCCCCCAUGACUGGCAGGAAGCUCCCGCAGUUGAGCCGGCUGGGCCUGCUGGCCGUGGCCCUCUCAAAUGGCAGGGUGGUGCUGUACACACUGCCGCACCCCGAGGCGCUACAGGCACUCAAGAGAACCCAGGUGCAGUGCAUUGCCACGCUCCAGGUGGGCUCCAUCCAGGCCGGCAGCUCAUCUGAAUGUGGCCAGUGCUUCAGCCUCUCCUGGAUGCCAACCCGACCCCACCACCGCCUGGCAGCUGGCUUCUACGAUGGCACCGUCGCCAUUUGGAACCUGAGCACCAUGUCCCUGCUGCAGCGUGUGUACCGGCCCAAUGGCUCCCUCAAGCUCUACCCGGCCCAGUGCUUCCUGGCCCAUGACCAUGCCGUUCGCAGCAUGGAGUGGUGCAAAGCCAACAGUAACUUCCUGGUGACGGCAGGGAAUGACCGGAAAAUCAAGUUCUGGGACCUGCGGCGCCUCUAUGAACCCAUCAACAGCAUCAAGCGGUUCCUCAGCACUGAGGUCGUCUGGCUGCUGCCCUACAAUGGAGUCACCGUAGCCCAGGACAACUGCUAUGCCUCCUACGGACUCUGUGGGAUCCACUAUAUUGACGCCGGCUACCUGGGCUUCAAGGCCUAUUUUGUGGCCCCACGCAAGGGGACGGUGUGGAGUAUCUCGGGCUCUGACUGGCUGAACACAGUGGUGGCAGGGGAUGUCACUGGGGAACUGGUGGCUGCUGUGCUGCCUGACUUGGCCAUGAACCCGCUCAACAUCAAGCGCCCCUCGGAGCGCAGAUUUCCCAUCUACAAAGCUGACCUGCUGCCCUGUAGCCCUGCGGGCGCCCGGGACAUGGAGCAGCCGGCACCCAAGGCCAAGACCUAUGGCGAGAUGGUGGCCCAGCACUAUAUCCGCUUCCAGGACACCAAUCUGCACAACUUCCAGAACUUCCCCAGCCGGGAGCCUAUGCGCCGGAUGCAUGCUCAGGAGGUGAAGUCAGGGCUGAGCCUGGACCGCCUGCAGCUGGAGUCCAUCCACAAGGUUCGCUUCAGCCCCAACCAGGACUCUCAUGGCUGGCUGGUGUCGGGGGGCCAGGCCGGCAUCGUGCGGGUGCACUGCCUUGCAGGACUUGCUCUGCCUGGGGACUGCCAGCCAGCGCCAGGGCUGCACCCUCCACCCAACUCUGCAUCACAGGAACCAACAGCCAGCCCCAGCCCUGGCCCCACUGGGCAUCUGCUGUCGCCAACUGAGUAGGCCUCGGGCUGAGCUGCGUUGCAGAGCCCCUGGCUGGUGUAGCCCCUCCAACCUGGCCUCGGGGUCGGACCCUGCAGGGUGUGGGGUGAAUGUGGAUUUCCGAGGGGCUCUGGCCCCCGGCCCCAGGGAGGAGCCUGCAGGGCAGAAGCUCCACACUGGGCCUUUGGGGCAGGCCCCAAGCUCGGGGCAGGGGCAUGGGUGGGGGGCACAGUGUGGGGCCCCAGGGGCUGGCGCUCCACCUGUGUGCAUGUGGCUUUGUCGCAUCCUGUUUCCUCCUGGCCUGCAGCUGGCUCCAGGGAGUCGUGUCUUUGUGCUGCGCUGUGGGGGGCCGGGCCGGGGCUGGGGCCGGGCACUGGGAGCACUGGGCAGUGGCCCGUAGCCCCAGCUAUGUGGCAGCCACAAAUUUGCUCACAUUGAGCCUGUGAUCUUAAUUGUUCAGUAAAGGUGUUUGUUUUGUAAA